ACAAAGAAGACCUCAGAAGAUACGCAGCCAAUCACAUCUCAUGGCCUAUUAUCCACUAUGCUCAGCACACAGCCCCGCCUCCAAAAGAGGAAGGUGAAGAAAAAGAAAAGGCGGCCUCCACAGAAUGAGUCAGAAUCAGAGGAGGAGAAUAAACUGCGCAGUAAUUAUCCCAAACAUAGAAGACCACCAGUGAGGGAUUCCAGAAGAGGCCAGCAACCUGCCUCACCUGCACAGAGGAAUGCCAGCACAGGAAAGCAUGAUAAGAUGGCCAAAUUGUGUAAAUGUCACAUGACACACCCUACCAGCAAAGACACAGCUGAAACCCCUGCAGACAAGGAAAAUAAAUUAGCGUCACCAUCACCAAGAUCAGCAGAUUUCAUGGGGGAUUACAUUCAACGUCAACAUCAAACUGCAAGACAAGAACAUGCAAAGUCAGCAGUGACAAUACAACCAUGGAUUACCAGGAUAGAUCACCACAAUGGUAGCAGAAUACAGAGAGAGGAUUCCAUGCAGGCAAUACACCGCCGGCUUGACAGAGCUCUCAGGGAGAAGAUCUGCCAUUCAGAAGUGGAACUAAGCGAUUCUAGUGACAGCACUGACAUCUACAGCAUUGCCGAGGAAAAAUUGACACAUGAAAUGAUUUCUGGUGAAGAAAUUACACAACUAAAGCUGGACCAGCAGGUGAGAGCUGGGAGGAGAGAAUUAGACAAUGGGGGUAAAGAUGCAAGAUCAGGACCUUUCAUGUCAACAACUGAAGAGUUAGCACUACAAGACACAGAC